UGUACCUUGGCACUCAAAAAGGUAUCAAUAGAUGAGAAGAAGCAGAAUGUUAACAGCUGGGCAGUCAUACUCAAUUUCUUCUUGAAUCACCAGCCAGAAGACUACAGGGACCGCCGCAGCUACCGCAGCAACAUGGGCACGACCCCAGAUAGCCACGAGAUGAACGGGCUGACAGUGGGAAACGGCAACGGCGACGCGACGCCUCCAGACGAGGCUCGAAGACAGUGGCCACGGACACAUAGACAAAUUAACAUGAACCAUUAUGCCAAUAAGAAAAGUGCAGCAGAAAGUAUGCUGGAUAUUGCUUUGCUCAUGGCCAAUGCAUCCCAACUGAAAGCUGUAAUGGAACAAGGACCCACCUUCUCAUUUUAUGUUCCGCUGAUUGUCCUUAUCAGCAUCUCACUUGCACUUCAGGUUGGAGUUGGUGUGCUCCUAAUAUUCCUUGUUAAAUAUGACCUUAAUAACCCCACAAAACAUGCCAAGCUGGACUUUCUCAACAACCUUGCCACUGGACUGGUGUUUGUUAUAGUAGUUAUCAAUAUAUUUAUCACUGCUUUUGGAGUUCAGAAGCCAUCUCCCACAGAACAGAAAGGAUAGAAAGAGACCAGCGUUCUUUAAAUUCUGUUGUUUUUGCACCUUGAGCCAGUUUCUCUUGGAUGAAGAAACUCAAUGAGCAUGCUUCUCUUUCAGUUGGACUAUUUACCAGAAAAGCCAUUUUAUAUAACUUCUUAACCUUAUAAAAAUGAUCGACUGUUAGUUUGGGGAAAACUGAAUUUAAUUUGUAGCACAAGGGAUUGGAACCAAAGAUGGUUGCACCAACUUUCCACCUAACAGUAUUGCUUCAGGAAAAACUGCAGUGUAAAUCUCCUUUCUUACAACUCCAUUGAAGCUCAGUCCCUGUGCCUUGAGAAAAUGCUGAACUAAGAAAGAGAUCAUCUAUAUUUCGAAGCAUGGACUUUACAUGAGUAGGGAAAGACCCAUCUACAUUUAAGCAUUAAACGAUAAUUUUGUCUACAGGACUUUCAGAAGUCUCUAAUCCCAAUGAGUUAUGUAGAUUUUUAAAAAAACAUUUGUUUCUUAUUUAUAUAAUUCCCAAUGAAUAAUUAUAUCUGGUAGGCUGCUAUCAAUAAGAAAAAAGUGCAUGCAAUCAAUGUGAUGGUAAUGUUGGGACAGCAAUAUUUGUUUCCCAAAGAUCACUUACCUUUAACUAAUGUUCACUGAUAAUCAUUCCAAGUGUGCCAAAGAGAUGGGUGUCCAGCUUUUUUUCCAGGUAGAAAUAUAUUUUUAAAAAUCUUACAUUGUUUCAUUGAUACUAUAACCUGCUUAGAACAAUUGUGAUGUGUGAGGCCAUCCACUAUGGCUUGUAAACCAUAGUUUAUGGCUGAGAACAUUUUGUGAACCCAGUUAUAGUUUAUUUAAUAAACUAUGGUUAAUUCAACUAUGGUCUAGCAUGAUGCAUGACCUCAAUGUGUGAUCACACCACAGCUUUGUAUAAAGGCAUUAUAAUGUAGGCAGUUUUAUUUUUUCUUUCUUUCCUUUGGAAUUGCUGUUUAUCAUAGCGUUUGAUCAAUUGUUUAAGAGAGUUUAUCUUUAUGCAGUACUUGAUGAGAAUUAUAGUUUGCUUGCCUGACUAAAACAACAAAACUCGAAAGUUACCACAUCUAAAAUAAAAUUUCAUGUGGGCACAUUUAUUUUAUUGAACACACUGUCGCUAGGUUUUUUGUGUGUUUGGGUCCCACCUAUCUUAGACUUCCAUAAACUAAGAGAUGAUGUAAGGGGACAAUGAAACAUGUUUGUGUGGGUUUGUGUGUGAGAGAAUAGCAACUUUAUUCUCAAUUCUUUCCCUCUUCCAUAUGCUACACCAUUUUGGGUGCCUUAAAAUUUGCCAGUCUUCCCAUAUUAUUCACAAACAGAGGAAGUACAGGGAUAAUAGGGGCCAUUUCACACUGACGCUAGGGAACAGCAGGGAUAUAAAAAGUGUACCCUUCAUUCCUUAUGUGGUCCAGCCACUCUGGAGGAACCCCAAAAUGGUGCUGUACUUUUUCUACCCCUUCUGUGCACAAAUGUCAGUGAGAAAUACCUCCUUGUACUCAUUUCGCACAUGGCCCAUCCAUAGUAAAUAUCUUCUACUUUAGUAAGCAUUAUUUCUCAUUGUAAAGUCUUGAUUGGUCUAUCUUCUUUGUACUGAGGAUGGCUUGUCAACACUUGAACAGGAAAACCUCAAUGUUUUCCCCACUCUUCCUGCUUCAGUGAAGUAGCUUUUCAUUCACAGGGAAGACCCGUUCUAGAAUGGACUUCAAAAAGUUAAAGACCCCCUUGAUACUUCUUCAUGGACCUUUCUAACACAAUUCAAAAGCCGUGGUGCAUUUUUCUCUGGCCAGUACUGCUAACAUUCAAACUUUCAGGAAAUGCCCUCUUCAAGGAGAAGCAGAAAUGCCCAUCCAAUCCUUAAGAUGCAGAACCAAAUUCUGGUAUGUCCAAUUUUUCCUGGUUCAUCUCAUCCUCCCAUUUGCCUUUUUUUUCCCUUUAAGUCAAUCUACAUAAGAAAUGUUCAU